AUGGCUCCGCCUCUUGCGAGGGAAUAUUGUGAAAAUGAAAUAUUUCCAGCAAUAGCACAACAUCAGACACAAAAUCUACUGAAACACCAGAAACAGCAACAACAACUUCAGACGCAACAACAACACAAGAAACAAGACCGACGAACCAGCCUGGCCUCAUCUCCGGGCCACCCACAUCGCAUUUUCCACUGCGAAUACAGACCUGAUUCAGACAACCACUUCGUCAGUGUUGGUGUCAGACACAUUUCUUUCUGGGAUCAGGUCGGUGGAGCUCUCGUACAGAAGAGAGGAGUGGCGAAGUCACUAGGCAACAGGGUUUAUAGGAAAGUCACUUUCCUGUCGCUUGCAUUUGGAAUGAACAACACAACAUAUUCCGGAAGCGUAACUGGUGACGUGUACGUAUGGAGAGAUGUUGAGUUAGUGAGGGUGGUGCAAAUGAUCGGAAGGGGGCCCAUCUUCAGCAUGUUCACCUCACUUUUUGAUGGACUCAUUGUUACUGGAUGCAAGGAGAGAAAUGAAUCAAAAGAUCACGCAGCUGUCAAGUUGUGGGACCAGGAAAUGAGCAAAUGCAAGUCAUACAGUAUUCCAAGUCUUUGGGACAACAACAACAAUGGUGUUCUCUGUGUCAAGUCUCUGUCCAGGGUCAAGGGCAAGAUUCUAGUUGGCACCAAGGAUAGCAACAUCUUUGAGGUGAACGAAAAAACUGCAGAAGUAACAUUGGUGGCAAGUUACCAUGGUGAUGGCGAACUGUGGGGUCUAACUAACCACCGCAACAACAAAACCUUUGCAACGACAGGCGAUGACGGCAUGUUGAAAAUAUGGGAUAUCCACAAGUCGCUUGCUUUAAAAAGUGUUUCGAUAGGACCAUGCAGAACUAUCCACUUCAGUUCAACAGGUUCACUUUUAGCGGCGGGCUUGAAAAAUGGAACCAUAAAAAUUUUUGAAACCUCCAAGUACGAUGUGGUGUUCGAGAAAAGGUUCCGAGGAUCCGUCAUCAACGUCAUCAGAUUCAGUCCGAACGAUGGAUACGUGGUGACAUUGAGUGAGGACUCCUUCAUGGACAUGUAUGAAGUGAACGCAGGUGUCGACAGCAUCGCCAGUUUGACCCGUUCGUCGAGGGACACCAACAACUCACAACCUGACCUCCUCCUGAAACGACUGAGCACCUUCAAUUUCGACCGGUCAACUGGCAUAUCUCUAGACUUCUCUGAUGACUGUCAGUUUAUUAAAGUUGGGACGGACGCCUACACCAACCGAUAUUUUCAAGUGCCAACAUUAACUGAAGUCCUGGAUGCUAGUCUCGUCGCAAAAAUCUUCUUCACAAACAUCACUAGCGUCAGUGGUUCUGAAAUGGUGGGUGCGUGGCCAAGGAAUGCAUCAUCGAGGCACCACGUCAACUGCUGCCACGUCUCUUCAUCCCACAAGAAUGUUGUCACUGGAGACGACUACGGCCUCGUCAAGUUGCUCAAAUUUCCCGCCAACCCCAAAAAUGUGCCAUUUCAAUAUUACGUCGGACACUCAGCUCACGUUACGAACAUUUUGUUCACUGGUGAUCAAAGUCACGUUAUGUCCAUUGGAGGGGAUGAUUCAUCUUUGCAGUGUGUUAUAAUUUUUAGGACUCUGAAUAGACUGUGGCCACCAGAUGGGUUGCUGGUAUUGACAUAUGGGAAGGCGGAGCUCUCUGCAAAAAAUCAGGUCACUGCAAGCAAAUUGAUUGGUAAGCCCACCAUUGGACGCCAACUAUUGAGUAGCACUGAGCUCGGAAGAUUAAAAGCCAGUCAAUCAAACCAACCGCUUGUGUUGCUCGUUGGUUCCGCACCAAACAACACAGUCGUUGCCAACACGAAGGAAGUGAAGAAGCACAAACUAAUUGAAUUUCUCAUUUACAUGUUGAUUCUUGUCAUUACCCUGCAACCAGAAUGGUAUCACGGCAAAAAAGACGCCGCAAAAAAAAGCGCGGAAAGAGCACUGCAAUAA